AAUAUAAUAGAAAAUUAAAAGCCAUUAAAAGAGCCCAACUGAAAAAUAAUCUUGCUGACGGGCCAAAUGGUAUCCAGGAACAGCAAAACUUAUUGCAGACAGCAAGCCUAGAUACCAAAAACAAAGUCAGCAAGAAAAAGGAAACCCGUCAUGAAGAAGGGUUGGCCUCAAAACGACCUUUUCCUUCAAAUGAUCUGGUAAUUAAUAUUAACCCCGAUGGAACUUUUAGUCGCCCUAGCGAAAAAGAGGAGUUAUUAACCAAGAAAAUUAACUCGGCUCGGGUUAGUGAGUUAGAAAUAUUAGCCUCUGAUUAA